GCGUUAUAAUAGUACAGCGGCGCGCAUCCACCUACACAGUCCACAAUGAAGGCAGUACAAGUGUUCGGGUUCACAGUCGGUGUGUUGGGCGUUUUAGGUCUUAUUGCAGUUGGCAUCACAUGGGCUGUGUUAACAGAUAGUGAAACUUUGAAAGUGGCUGAAAUCACUCCCAUAGAAUGGUGGAAGCACUGCGUCCUAUAUCAGAUAUAUCCCAGAUCCUUCAAGGACAGUGAUGGGGAUGGUAUAGGAGAUCUACAAGGUAUGUCAAAAGAAUUGGAACAUUUCGUGGAUGCUGGUGUGAACGCCAUAUGGAUGUCUCCGAUCUUCGAGUCUCCCAUGUACGAUUUUGGGUACGACAUCAGCAACUUCUACGAGAUACACCACGAAUAUGGAACGAUGGAAGACUUUGAGCAAUUACUAGACAGAGCUCAUAAAUUAGGAAUUAAAGUUCUAUUGGAUUUUGUACCGAACCACGCGAGCACUUCUUCUGAAUACUUCAUCCAGUCCGCAGCUAACAAUGAAACGUACAAAGAUUACUUCGUAUGGGCAGACCCACGGUGGGUGGACCCUGUAAAUGAAACUAACAGACUUCCACCAUCCAAUUGGAUUAGCGUAUUUGCUAAUUCAGCGUGGGAAUGGAAUGAUGAUCGCCAAAAAUACUACCUUCACCAGUUUGCAAUUCAGCAAGCUGACUUCAACUACAGAAAUCCAGAGGUGAAAAAAGAGAUGUACAAGAUAUUACAAUUCUGGCUUGACAAAGGAGCUGAUGGCUUUAGAUUGGACGCAUUGCCGUAUCUGAUGGAAGCUGACCCUGCUGACCAUGGUGGUUUAUAUCCUGAUGAACCACACUGUGGACUGACCCAAUAUGAACCACACCAACCUGGUUAUUUGUGUACAAUAUAUACAAAAGAUCUGAUUGAAUUGUAUGACAUAGUUUAUGAAUGGAGAGAGUUUAUAGACGAAUACAAUGAAGUGCACGGUGGUGAUACUCGGAUUAUAUUUUCUGAAGGCUAUACAAAUAUUACAAUGACAAUGCUGUAUUACAAAAAUAAAGAUGGCCGUUUGGGGGCUCACUUUCCUUUCAAUUUCGACUUCAUCACGGACUUGACUGCAGAAUCCGAUGCUAGAGACUUCGUUUACACGAUUCUCAAAUGGCUCACGUACCAGCCGUAUGGAGCAGUCUCUAACUGGGUGUUUGGAAACCACGACAACAACAGAAUGCCGACCAGAUUCCGAUCAGACAUGGUGGACGGCCUGAAUUCGCUCAACAUGAUGCUGCCUGGAGUAGCUGUCACAUACCAGGGUGAGGAAAUAGGCAUGAGGGACGGGUACGUGAGUUGGGAAGACACGGUGGAUGUGGAAGCUAUCAACAAAGGAAAUAACGAGACCUAUCUUCUGUUUUCUCGAGACCCAGCCAGGACACCUUUCCACUGGGAUAACUCAACGAGUGCUGGUUUCUCCACCAAUGAAACCACCUGGCUGCCCAUCGCUGAAGACUAUUUAGAGUUAAACCUUGCAAAGCAGAAAGAAGAUGAAAGAAGUCAUUAUAAAGUAUACCAAGCAUUGACAGCCCUACGCAAAGAGCCCACGUUGUCCCAUGGUCAGUACCACGUGAGGGCGCUAACAAUCCACACCCUAUACCUGGUGAGGAGUCUUCACGGCUAUGAUACCCUGGUGCUGAUAUUUAACGUCAGUGAAGAGAUUGAUACUGUUGAUUUGAGGAGAAUAAAGGACCUUCAGCUACCCGCUGUAGUCUACAUUUCUAGCAUACAGUCUGACAAAUUACAAGAAUCAUUAAUAGAAGAAAAUCAAUUGACUCUUUCACCCGGAGAGGCGGUAGUACUGCGUGCUCUCCCCACAUAAUAUUUAAUAAAUUAAUAAAUUUACUAAAAUACAUAUUACAAAUUAACUUAUAGUAAUCAUUAAUAUUAUAAAAUAACUCAGGUUAUGGAAUGAGCUCCCUGUCAAGGUUUUCCCAAGAGACUACAGCAUGGGGUUCUUCAAAAGGUGGGUAAAGAGAUUUCUUCAGGGUCGGCAACGCACGCGUAAUACCUCUGGUAUUGCAGGCGUUCAUAGGUUACGGUAACCACUUACCAUCAGGUGGGCCGUAUGCUUGUUUGCCACAUUAGUGGUAUAAAAAAAAGAAAUUCAAAAGUUCAUAUGUAUUAAUAAAAUGUAAUAGAAAUCCGUGCAUAAAAUAUCUAUUAAUAUGUAGGUUUAAUAAAUUAAUUGAAGUUACCAAAAUUAUUCGUAGUGACAAUAACUUUUCUUUUUAUACAACUUAGAAUGGCAAACAAGCUGGGGGCCCACCUGAUGGAAAGUGGUAACAGUCGCCUAUAGACAUGAGCAGUACCAUGGACAUAACAGAGUAUACUGUUUCGCCCAUGAUACCCCCCAUGCGUUGCCAUUCCUGAGGACUCAGGUGUUAUUCCUCUGUACCCAGUAAAUUCACGCCAUAUCCCACCUUUCAAAGCGAAACACAGCCAUGCAAACACAACUGCUUCACGUUUGAAACACGAAUGGGACAAAGGUACCCAAGCAAUCGACUUUUGUACAGUCUCCCUCUGUCACUUCUAAUAUAUCAUU